UGGCGCAGCAUGAGCGGUGCAGUGUAUCAGGCCGGCGCAGAGCUCGAGACAGGAAGAACAUAUGUUUAGCCAGUGGCGCAUGCGUGGUCACCGCUUCCGCGACGUACCUAGCCAUCUUUCCAGUCAAGCAAAAGUGAUUGUUUUCAGUCUUAGUCUUAUUUAACUGAACUUUUAUUAAUGUCAGAGCCACAGUCCGCGCUGUUAUUACGGAAACAAUUAGCAGAAUUAAAUAAAAACCCAGUAGAAGGGUUUUCUGCAGGCCUCAUAGACGACAAUGACAUAUAUCGGUGGGAAGUACUCAUUAUUGGACCUCCGGAUACAUUAUACGAAGGUGGUUUCUUCAAAGCACAUUUACAGUUUCCAAAAGAGUAUCCACUUAGGCCACCACGAAUGAAAUUUAUAACCGAAAUAUGGCAUCCAAAUAUUGACAAAAAUGGAGAUGUGUGUAUAUCGAUAUUGCAUGAACCCGGUGAUGAUAAAUGGGGAUACGAGAAGGCGUCCGAGCGGUGGUUACCAGUUCACACAGUCGAAACUAUCUUGAUAAGUGUUAUUAGCAUGCUCGCAGAUCCUAACGACGAAAGCCCUGCUAACGUGGAUGCCGCCAAAGAGUGGAGGGAAAGUUAUACGGAAUUUAAGCGAAAGGUGGCGAGGUGCGUGAGAAAAAGCCAAGAAGAGUGUUUGUAGGGGAUGAACAAAUAUUCAAAUGGAAAGACUUAUUUAAUUCUGGGAAGCCGUAAGCACUGUAAGAAAGAUACCGAUGCUCAGCAUAAAGCUAACGGAUAACAGUGCCACUAAAAGCGGAUUAAGCCUGACCCAUCCUUAUGCAGAGAGAGAGAGAAAGAGAGAGAGCGAGACAGAGCGUGUGUGAAUGCGAGAGAAAAACUCACGCUGCUCUAUCAUCAUGUUUAUUAAAUCACCGCCACCGACGUACGAUCCAAAUCCAUCGAGACGAGGAACAUAAAGAGAUACACACGCAAUUCACCUUUUACAUAAUAAACAGCUAAAGAAAAUUAAUUUACACGUAUACAUAAAGCAAAAAUAUCAUCUCUGUAUGAUUAUUACCUUAAUAUUAAUAGUUCUUAUAAAACAAAACUUAACUCCCCCCUUCUCCUCCUAUGCUCAAGAACGAUCCUGAGCCUCUUUGGACGGAACCUUGUAAUUUAAAAUAAUAUGUUUACGUUUAUCUCUGAAUAAUGAUUCCUUAGUGUGUCGUUUCGUAUUUUCUUACUUUCAUAAAUAUAUAUAUGUAUAAAUAAAUUUUUUUAUAAAGUUAAAACGACGAGACACAUACAACAAUCUUAUAAAAUGUCUCAGUUAUUGAGAGUGGACUGCAUACGACUUGAUAUGACAUUGCGGUGAGAAUAAUUGAAGCCGUACGUACGCGGUAAUGUAAAAUAUAUAUUAAAUUUCCAUCGAACCGUAAGUUGCCAAAAUAAUUAAUUCUAAUUCAAGUGAUAAUAAUGAUAAUAUUGUUAAUGUAUCAAUAAUUACAGUUAGUGCUCGUAACGUAACAUAUAUGUAUAUGGUAUGGUAUUCACUCUUAAAAACUCGUAUGCAGAGUAACGGCGCUUUCCUUACGAAGUAAACUUGCGGUUCUUUAUCAUCAUUACGCGAAAUUGAGAAAUAAUUCUUUCCUCUUAGGAAAUUCGUUCAACUUACGUUGAAAUUCGUAUAAUUCUUUGAUCUGGUUAUACAUUAUUUCAUAUUGUCAAUUAAAUCUUCAGACAUUGAAACAAA